UAACCCAGCGGCAGUUCCUGCCUGCCACGUUUUGGCACAAGUCCCUAGAGUGGAAGAACUGGAUGGUUAUGCAAGGCUGUUUACCUGUUGCCGGAUAGAGGCUCCUCCCCCAACCUGCCUCUGGUCUCCUCCCUGCCUAUAUAGAGGCAUGAGAUGCUGAGCUGACACCAGAACACAGAAGCCAAAGGAUGACACAGUCGUGCAGCAUGGAAAGCAAAGGUCUGGUGGCUGAGCUGCAGAGAGCGGCUAUCUGCCCGGCCUGCAGGGGUCACUUUAAGGACCCAGUGAUCCUCGACUGUGACCACAGCUAUUGCCGAGCUUGUAUCACUCGCUACUGGGAUGAGGAGUCCGCGAAGGGAAAUGGCCCUCGGGUGAUAUCUUGCCCCCAGUGCAAAAAAGUCUUUGAGAGGCGGAACCUCCGCACCAACGUCAAGCUGGCCGUAGAAGUCAAGAUCACCCAACACCUCAAUGCCAAGACAGCCCAGGUUCCCCUUGCCCCAAAGUCCAAGCGCCGCCGUGGAGGGUGGAGACCCACAACCAGCAUCCAGAAAGAAAAGGAAAGCUUCCGAGAAUUCUGCAGCUGUUAUGGUGACAUGGCAAAACCCUCCUGCCCGAAGACUGAUGGCUGGAAAGAAGCAAGGCCAGAAUAGUGAAUGCAACACGGAAAGAACAAACAAAGCUGCUUUAAAACAGCUAAUGUUUGGAUACCUGCACCACCCAUUUUCACCUGAAUAGUCAACCAGAGCUCUUCCAAGUGACUUUCUCUGGUUUCCAAAACCCACUGCCUGGAAGGGAUUGGAGAAGUUAACGUGGCUGCCAGUCCUGAAUUCUGGAUACAUUGAGAAAAAUGUCCCUUUGUCGAUGCCUGGAAACAUCUGGACUUCAUUUCUUCAUAUCCACCUUCAACAGAACCUUAACAGUAGAACCAGAUUUCAGGAUUGAAGUUGCCUCUAGUUCCAUCCAUAACUGAGCAGAUCAGAUUUUUUUGGAUGGGAAUGCCUUUACUUUAAGGCAAAGACUUCGAAGCUCUAAUCAACACUCUGGAAAAAUCCUUUUCCACCUCCUCCAGAUGUCACUAGAUAUGGGCGACAUGACAGAAGGAAGCUUGUGGGGUUUUGUUUUUUAGGCUGCUGCUGAAUCUAGAAUGAAAAUUAAUCUGGAGAGGGGGGAAUUGAUGUCAGACAAGGAUAGGAAACUAAGGCAUUGGAGCAACAAUCUUCCAGAACACAGAGAGGUGCAUAAUGCAAUUUUACCAAAUCUGCGUGGCAACCAAUGCAUCAUUGCCACAGCUACCAGGAGCAGUCCCAAUCAGCGAAAAGCUGUAAAAUGUAUAGUUUUUCUGUAAACUAACAGAAUAUUGUGGCCAAUAUUUUUUUGACCUUCUAACACAGGGCAGGUGGAAACUCCACGUUAAGGUCUCCUGGGUCAGAGUUGAGGGGAGAGAGUGGACCUUUCUUUGGUUGAGCUUCUUGAGUUAGUUGUCUACCAUUUCACUCCCGGAAUUCAUUUCACUGGUCACUUUCCUUCAUCUUUUUUCCUGAUGGAAACGGUGUUUCCGCCUUCUGCAUUCAUAGAAUCACAGGGCUGGGAGGGAGGUCCUUGGAGGUCUUCUAAACCAGGGGCCUCCAACCUUGGCAACUUUAAGACUUGUGGACUUCAACUCCCAGAGUUCCUCUGCCAGCAAAGCUGGCUGAGGAACUCUGGGAGUUGAAGUCCACAAGUCUUAAAGUUGCCAAGGUUGGAGAGCCCUGUUCUAAACCUACUCAUAGCAGGAGACCUUGUACUAACCUAACCAAAUGGCUGUCUAAUCUUUUCUUGAGGGUCUCCAGCAAUUGAGCACCCACCACCCCAGGUGUGUAAAGCUGUUCCAUACUUUGGUACACCAAGGGCGCCACAAUGUGGACUAGUGGUAACCUUGUUGUUUAACAGAAUGUGCAAACCAGGCUUCAGUGGCUCGUUCAGCAAACAAGAACAAAUACCAGCUGAGUAUGAUUCACAAACCCAUUCUAUGCCGAUGAUUAAGCAGCAUGAAAUCACAUUUGCUGAAGAUCACUGUACAAUCAUUCCUUAAACCACCAAGAGGUGGAAACAUCAGGACUUGGGGGGAAAGAAAUGUCACUGAUGUCAACCAGUUUCUAUACAGUUGAGCCAGAAAGUGGUGGCAUAGUGGCUAGAAUGGAGUAUUGCAGGCUAACUCUGCAUUCCCACAGCCAGGGGGACUGUGCCUGACUAAGCCUUCCAUCCUUCUGAGGUGGGUAAAAUGAGGGCCCAGGUUGUUGGAGGCAAUUUGCUGACUCUUUAAACCGCUUAGAGAAGGCUGAAAAGCAAAGUGUUCUACCUUUGUUUGCCUUUUUUAUUUUAAAAUGAAUUAACGUGUUUUCUUGUUCCCCUGCUGAAUGAUACCAAAUGCAUGAAUAAGGAGACUGCACCACCAUCACACAGUUAAUACUGGAUUGUUUUUAUCUUAUCUAUAAUCGAGUGAUUUUUAAUUUGUGCUUGACUAUAAAUGUAUUCGGGUCUUUCAUGGCACUGGAUUGAAUGUAAAACCAAGAGUGAAUCAGAAGCCUGACUGCUAUAGCAACUGGGGCAUCUUCUUGCAGGAGAUGUUGGGUUGGAAUUUUCAACAAUAAUAAUUGAAAGUGUAAACCUUGGAGUCGAUCCUUGUACAGCAUUUGAAUGAUUUGCUUCUUCCUCCUUCUUCCGAUAUCAACUGUGCAGGACAUACCAUCCUUGAUGUAAGCCAUCAAGAGGCUCUAGGCCUGUGAUGGCGAACCUAUGGCACGCGUGCCCAAAGCAGCACAUGGAACUGUCACCUGGCACGCGCGGCAUCGCCCGUUCCUCUUCUGGGUUUCUGGCGCGCAUGCACAUGCGAUGAUCAUCUGGCCUUUGUGCGCGUGGCAAUGCAGGAAACCAGAGGAGCAGGUCUUCCAUUUUCCGACGUGAGCAUGUGCGCCAGCCAGCUGAUCGGCGUGUGCGCAUGUGCGGCAGUAACCAGAAGACUUGUUGGCCAGCAAGCGUGCACCAGAAACUGAACGUACCUUAUCGGGCAUGUGCAUGCCCCCGGGGCAGCUCUUCUUCCUGGUCACGGCCCUGACAAGCACGCAUGCAAAACGCUCCCUUUUCAGCACUCGGUGCCGAAAGAUUCGCCAUCACUGCUCUAGGCUGCGCACAGUAAAAAUGUGGACAAUAAAUCAAUCUGCAGGACAAUACAGGAGGUCAGAAAUCCAAAACAAUGAUUAGAUGAGAUGUUGCCAUCUUUGGAGUGCUCCGGCUUUUCUAAUAGGGACACAAUACGGGUAGUCCUUGAACUUACAACUGUUUGUCUAGUGAAAAAAGUGACUUGCAAUCAGUCCUUGCACUUACAUUGCAGCAUCGCCACAGUCACAGUGAUCAAAAUUUUGGGAUGUGGCCACCAGUUAUGAUGGUUGGCAGUGUCCUGGGAUCACAUGGAUGCCAUCUGUGAUUUUCCUAGCUGGCUUCCAACAAGGGGUUUGCUUAACGACUGGGUGAUUUGCUUAAGGAUCACAGCAAAAAGUUUGCAAAUUUUCACUUAGUGACAGAAGUUCCAGUCCCAAUCGUGGUGGUUAUGUUGAGGACUACCGAUAGUAAAAAUGGGAAUCGGGACUAGGCUACAAAAAUGGGGCUGGAAAAGGAGAGCAGUACUUUCUCUGAUUGUGCAAACACUGUUUUUUUCCUUCAUCGCCACCUCUGGUAUUUCUAGCAGCAGCUACCAAAACAUUUUCACAAUUCCUUUAGGAAAGCCACAGGUCCAACCUGACGCUGCUGUUGCUAAACACAACUGGAGUUCUUCUAGAAAGCUGAUCAAUCAUUUUAAACAUUUUUAACAAAUUUUUAACUGCUAAAACUGGGGAGAUGAAGAAAGACACAAAGCAGGUGUUCAUUCUACAGAGCUACGUAAAUAUGGAAUUGUUUCAGUUCACUUGUAAUUCUGCAGUUGAGCCAAGCCAGUAUGCGUCUGGUGUGACCGUGGCUUAACACCGUGAACCUAGUCAUUUGUGUCAUAUUUAAGAAAUCUUCAUUAAAAAAGAAUAUGGUUUAAUAGAA